AUGCAGCAGCAACGCGCGAUUGGUACGCCUGGACAACCCUUGGGACGCUAUGGCCCUCAGCCAGGUACGACGCCUCAGUCAGCAAUGCGUCGUCCAGGAGCUGCACAGAUGCCUUCACAAGGCGCACCCAUGCAGCCUAGUCGUGUUUCACAGCCUUUGCGCAAAAAGAAGAGAUAUGCUGAUAAGCUCAUUUCACCUCAGGUUAGGGAACUUGUUCCUGAGUCGCAAGCAUACAUGGAUUUGCUUGCCUUCGAACAGAAGCUGGAUGCUACGAUUACACGUAAAAAACUUGAUAUUCAGGAAGCACUCAAAAGGCCACAAAAAGUGAAAAAAAGGCUACGAAUUUACAUAUCCCACACUUUCAUUGCCGGAAAGGAACCAGAAAAAGAAGGAGAAGAGGGUUCUGUACCAAUGUGGGAGCUUCGUGUUGAAGGAAGACUGAUCGAAGACCAGAAUGGAGCUAAUGCUGGACAAACUCCCGCUCCAGCUCGACCUCUACCAAAACGAAAGUUCAGCUCCUUUUUCAAAAGCUUGGUUAUCGAAUUAGAUAAGGAUAUAUAUGGUCCAGAUAACCAUUUGGUUGAGUGGCACCGUACUCCAACAACUAACGAAACAGAUGGAUUUCAGGUUAAACGUCCUGGAGAUCGACCUGUCAAGUGCACUAUUUUGCUGCUCCUUGACUAUCAGCCGAUGAAGUUCAAACUGCAUCCACGGCUAGCGAAGGUUCUUGGUAUUGCGGCAGAAACAAGACCAAAAAUCAUCGAAGCACUUUGGCAGUACAUUAAAACGCACAAAUUACAGGAUCCCGUUGAUCAUGAUACCGUCAAUAAUGACACUUUCUUGGAGCAGGUAUUCAGCUGCAAACGAAUGCGAUUUAUGGAAAUUCCUCAAAGACUACACCAGCUACUGCAACAGCCAGAUCCCCUUGUUCUUUCCCACGUAAUCAAGCACAACGAAGGAGGAGCUGAGAAGAAUACUGCCUGUUACGACAUAGAUGUGGAAGUCGAAGAUCCUCUUAAGCAACACAUGGCUGCAUUUGUUCAUGCUCAGGCAAACACUCAGGAUAUUGCUAAUUUGGACCAAAAAAUCUACGACGUUGUUGACCAGAUCAACGAGUGGAAAACGCGCCGUGACUUUUACGUGCGCUUUGCUGAUCAUCCUUACGACUUCAUCAGAAAGUGGCUCGUUAGCCAAAGCCAGGACCUUAAGACUAUGACCGAAGCAAGCGGUGAGGGUGAAGCAGAGCGGCGCUCAGACCACUAUUAUAGGCCUGAAACUCAAGAAGGAGUCUUCAGAUAUAUCUACCAGAAGGUUCAGCAAAAAAGGGCUGAACUCGAGCAGGGCCUUGGCGUUCGCAACAACUAA